AUGGAUCAGAAAGAAUCGACGACGUUGCAGAGAUCGAAUUCAUUCAGUAUUAAGAAUAUACUGCUUCAACCUAAAAGUGACAAACUCCAGAGACUUCCAGAGGAAAACAAGCUACCGCUGGGAACCAAUUCCAAACAAUCUCUGGCUCCCACCGUGAUGGAGGAUUCUUCGGCGCUGGACGCACAGAAAGUCAAAGAUGCAGAAGAACCCUGUAAAAACGGACAGCUAGACAAGCCGCCGUUUAGUUACAACGCGCUGAUAAUGAUGGCUAUUAGACAAAGCCCGGAGAAGAGAUUAACACUUAACGGAAUCUACGAAUUUAUCACAAAGAAUUUUCCGUUUUACCGCGAGCACAAGCAGGGCUGGCAAAACUCCAUCCGUCACAAUUUGAGCCUCAAUAAAUGUUUUGUUAAAGUGCCGAGACAUUACGACGACCCGGGGAAAGGCAACUAUUGGAUGUUAGACCAUUCGAGUGAUGAUGUUUUUAUCGGUGGGACGACGGGCAAACUCCGGAGGCGCUCGGCCACUUCUAGAGGAAAACUGUCUCUUAAGCGAGGGCUUCGGUUUUCCCCAUUGGGCUUGGGAAGAAAUGAGACGGCGAAUAAUCCUCUGUACUGGCAAAUAUCACCGUUAUUAUCUUUACACCAUCCACAUUACAACGGACAUGGAUUUCUGAAUCACGGUCACAGUUACGGUUCUUUCGUUCCUGGAGUGGAGCAUUUAGGCGACAGGGAUCUGACGCGGCCAAUUCUAGCGAGUUCUAGCGGUCCGCUUGGGUUGAGCAACAGUUACGGGAUGAGUUCGUCUCCCAUCGGGUUAUUAUCGGUCCAGUCAGGCUAUUUGCAGCACAACACGGUCAGCUCUCAGCAGACUUUAGUCACCGACACCCUACGGACGACUUUAUCAUCUUUCUCGUCUGCUGUAUCAAGCGGUUUGCCCGGAGUUUUGUCGCUCCAAGAAAGAGUCACCUCAGAUUCAUUUUUAAACUGAUGGAAUUUACAAGCGUUACAUAAUAACUGUGGGGGAAAAUCGUCGACUGUUUCCAUAAAAUGAUAGGCUACGACAAAUAUUUUAUUACGAUUUAACUCCAGACUAUUUAUAUAUUGUUAGAAAUUCACGGUUAUGUAUUUGAUUAAUUUAUAGUUUAUUUCUUAAAUGUGUUCAAUCAUUUUGAUUGUAUCUGUUAAUCACCCCAUAAAUCAGUUGGCCUGCUGAAUUGUUACGAGUGUUGACUAUGAACUAUGAAGUCUUUGUAGGGUAAACGAUCAAAAGAAAAAUAUUCACAGACAUUCAAAGCUCUUUUUUUUAUUAUUUUUUAUUUUAUUUUUUUUAUUUUUUUUUUCCUCAGGUCACAGAUAUAGCCUGCAGAUCGUUA